AUGGCUGGCAAUGGUCGAGUAUUACGGUCAAACCUGAAGGCAAGGAAAUCAGGAGGGGAUGACGAUGAGCGGUUCAACUUUGACACCGUUGAACAUGAAAUCGACCCCUAUGUGCCUCUUCGGAUAGUGCAAACCGCUCGGGCGCCGUUACUUGAUCUAGAUCUCGAGUCUGGUGCGACACGGGCCCAAAUCCGAAAUAUGCUUCUUGAAGUAGAGGCUCGAACGCUGGGAGACGGGGGGCGAUCACAUAUCGAAGAUGACGAUGUCUACGAGUCCUAUCACCGUAAGAUGUUCAAGCAGGAGACCCGCAUGAUUAAUGAUGAUAAAGUUGAGUCUGAGAACGGUGCAGAACGGCUGCAGCAUAUAAGUGAGGCACUAGAGCUACCUGGAUGGGAGCAGGUAUUGCAGCAGAUAACUGUCAUAGGUGAUGCCAGUGAUGCGAAAGAGCUUGAAUCGAAGCGUAAGAAGACACAGAUAGCCAUUGCGGAUAUGUUAACGAAAUUUCGUGAUAUGAAGAGGCGCAUCAAUGUUCACUCGCGAAAUUACCGGCAUGCGAUGUGUAACGUAAUGUCCAAUCCCUCACUACUGUAUCGAAAGGUUGACAGAACCAUGGUGCUGGGGUAUACAAGCUCUUCGGAUGAAGAAGAGGAAGAUAUGGACAUUGAACAAAUACGCCGCCGUCGACGUUUACAGCGAGAAAAGAAGUUUGCAGGGUCUCUUGUUAUUCAGCUCACGAAUACUACAAAAAUGAAUGCUCGGUACGCAAUUGUGGCAGAACCAUUACGAGCGCCAUAUGUGAUCAAAUAUACUCGUGAGGAGAGAAAUCACUAUCGAAAACUAUUGCAGGAUGGUCCUGCGAGGUUCACAUUUCUUACGCCGCUUGAAGACCAAGUGGCGAUAUUUAAAUGUCGAAAGAUGAUACCUCUGACUCUAGAUCCCGUUGCGUUACGACCAGUAAAUGAUUCAGAGUCAGAUGUGGCACAUUGUAAGUCACUUUCUACUUUAGACCAGAUACGCAGGUUUAGGGUUAUGGAAUCGAACUCGAUUGACGCUACUGUUACCUGUCACACGGUUGCCUCUCCUUCUGCCAAUACAGUAGAGAACAAACCUUCAUCCUCCAGUUUGCUGCCGCAUAAGAGAUCUCUAAGCCCGAAAAGCUCGAGCCGGCUAGAUAAACGUCGUCAGCUGGCUGGUUUACAGGAAUUCUCCGCAACUGCCGCGGUGUCAGCACCGGACGAUAAACUUAGUUAA